ACACAUAAAUGAAAGUUUGGGUCAUGUAACAACAAAAAAAUAAAUCUGUGUGUUUGGCGAGGUGGAGACUCGACGGCGAACCGACUUUUUUGGGGGGCGCGGGUCCUUGACGGCGCGUCGAAUGAGCCAACUUUUCAACCGAGUCCGACUUUCGAGAUCGUCCGAUUUUUCAGCCGACCGACUUCAUUUAAACAUCAUGGACUUUUCCUCCCCACCCACCCUUCACCUCUUCCUCCUCAUUACCCCGCUAGCUUUGCUGUCUGCACCAGGAUCGGCAUUUCUCAUGGAUCAUAUGCCAUCAUCAGCUCCCUCUGAACCUCAUUUCACAGAGUGUAUAUCCAGGGAACAGGAGACGUUCCGAUGUUGGUGGAGCACCGGCAGCUUCCACAAUCUGUCCUCCCCUGGAGCGCUCCGUGUUUUUUAUAUAAAGAAAGAUUCCAGUGAAUGGAGAGAGUGUCCAGAAUAUAUCUAUUCAAAGCAGGAAUGUUUUUUCAACAGAAGUUACACUUCCAUCUGGAUGCGCUACUGCAUACAGCUUCGCACUCAAAACAACGUCACCUAUUUCAACGAGGACGACUGUUUCACCGUGGAGAACAUCGUGCGUCCUGAUCCUCCGGUGUCACUAAACUGGACCCUGCUGAAAGUGAGCCCCUCCAAGCUGUACUACGACAUCAAGGUUAGCUGGAAGCCGCCACCCUCGGCAGACAUAGAGAGGGGCUGGAUGCGUAUCGAGUAUGAGAUCCAGUACAGAGGACUGAACAGCACUUACUGGGAAGCAUUGGAGAUACAGGACAGCACCCAGCAGACCAUCUAUGGUCUGCACAUAGGAGAGGAGUAUGAAGUUCGCAUUCGCUGCAGGAUGAAGGCCUUCACCAAGUUUGGGGAAUUUAGCGACUCCGUCUUCAUUGAAAUGACUGAGAUUCCCUCCGAAGAGUCCACGUUCCCUGUCACGCUGGUUCUUAUCAUUGGGGUUGUGGGUGUGAUCAUCCUCAUCAUGUUGGUAAUCCUUUCUCAGCAGCACAGAUUAAUGGUGAUUCUGUUGCCCCCGGUUCCUACACCCAAAAUUAAAGGCAUAGACCCAGAGCUGCUCAAGAAAGGGAAGCUGGAGGAGCUGAAUUUCAUGCUGAGUGGUGGCGGUUUUGGUGUGCUGCCCUCCUACGCCCCAGAUUUCUACCAGGAUGAGCCCUGGGUGGAGUUCAUCGAGGUGGAGCCAGAGGAUGCUGAUCCUGCAGAGAGGGAGAACAACCGGGGCUCAGACACGCAAAAGCUCCUGAGUUCGUCCCAGCCCACCGGUCACCACACACACCUGGAGAGAACCCAAGCCCAUAGCUUCUCCGAUGAGGAUUCACACCGGACCGGCUGUUCUGACCGAGACCUUCCAAAUCAGGAGGCCUUGACGUUAAUGGCCACCCUUCUGCCGGGCCAGCCCGACGGCGAUCAGGGCUCGCUGGAUGAUUUAGAUGCAGUCCCGGAGGGAGGGGACAGGCCUCAGACGUGGGUCAACACAGACUUCUACGCCCAGGUCAGUAACGUGAUGCCCUCCGGAGGCGUGGUGCUGUCCCCUGGCCAGCAACUAAGAACCCAGGAGAGCACCUCAGCUUUAGAGGAGAAGAAGCCAAAGAAGAAGGGAAUGGAGAAUGAAAGGGAGGGGGAGUCAAAGAAAGAGGAGAUACAGAGUGAUCUGCAGUUUCAGCUGCUCGUAGUGGAUCCUGAGGGAAGCGGCUAUACCACAGAGAGCAGCGCCCGGCAGAUUGGCACUCCCUCAAGCCCCCUGAUGCCUGGCGAGGGGUACCAAACCGUGCCCCCUCGGUCCAUUGAAUCGAAACCCCGCCAGGAGGCUUUCCUGCCAACAUACUCACCGGCCAUAGCGGGGGACUACCAGCCGCCGUACAUCUUUCCCGACUCUUCCCGAUCCCAGCGGCUCCCCCCCGUCUCGGACUAUACAGUGGUACAAGAAGUGGACUGUCAGCGCAGCCUUCUCCUCAACCCACCUUCCCCCCAGUCUCCCCCACAUGGCUUGCCCCAACACCCCCUCAAGGCCCUACCUCCCAUGCCUGUAGGGUACAUCUCGCCAGACUUAUUUGGAAACCUCUCACCCUGAAAAAAAAAACCCCAAUCUACGAGGGAUACGAGGCCUUUGGGUGCAGAGAUAAGCCAACCGAUAUUUUCCCCGACACAAACAGCCUGACUGACUACCAACCAAAUAACACACAGUGCAACGUGUGGAUGAGACUAUACAGGCCUUUGUUUUCAGGGGUUGCCGAAAAGGAAGCUGUGAGGAUACCACAUUGUUGUUAAGAUUUCUUGUAGCAUCUGGAGGUUGGAAAGUGUGCUUUGCUGUCCCAACGGGUGAUUUUUCUGAAUUUCUGGAAGCGAAAAGGAAUUUUACCGCGUCAAGCCAAUGUGUUUAACAAAGAGACGCUUAACGAGCUUUAUCCGAGUCACGCGAAGCAGA